AUGACGUCUAGUGCUUCUUUUCUGGAUAAGCCACUGCUCAAAGUCAGCCGGCCAGUGGCCGCAUGUUCAAGAUGUCGGACGGCCAAAAUUAAAUGCGAUGGGAAGCUGCCGGCCUGCUCCGCAUGUGAGCGAGUAGGGAAGGCGAGUACUUGUUCCGGCGCAAGUGAUGAGUUCGCUAGAGGGAAAGAGAGGAGUUACGUUGCUUCUUUGGAAGGCUACUGCGAAAGACUCGAAAGGAAAAUCGCAGACCUCCGUCGCCAUAAAGAGUCAUUAUCCGUUGAUGGAGCCGGUUUCGUCCGGGAGAGCUCAAUAACAUCGAUGUCGUCUGCAGGCACCGUUGGGCAGGCUCACCGAAAAGAAAUAUCUGAUAUCGACGACCUAGUUGGAGACUUUGGCUUUCUAUCUGUGAACGCUACCUCCAGAGAUUUCCAUGGAAUUCAAUCUGAUACUUCAUUUGCAAAUCUACUCCUGUCACUUUCUCUCGCCGAGCCUAUCCCGAAAUUACCUUCACAGCCACUGCCAGCACGCCAUGAGAUUACACCACUUUUGCAACAUUACUUUGAUAAUUUGUUCACUCAAAUGCCUUUCUUCAGUGAGACAAAUUUCUGGACCUCCGUGGAUACUGUUUAUCAAGCUGGAGGUCGCUUUGCCAAGCCUAUUGACCAUUGGUUUCUUCGUUUGGUGCUAGCAAUCGCUUCUGCAUCAAUAUCUCAUCAGAGCGGGGAUAGUAGUCAUCAGAGAGCUUUAUCUUUGAUUUCGGGAGCUUUACCGUUCGCCGAGGAUGUUCUUCGCCCUGGGUCUACUGUGGGCAUUCAGGCCAUACUACUGCUUGCCCAGUAUUCCCUCCUUGAUCCUAAACAUUUUCGCGUGUGGUACCUCGUAGGAAUGGCCGCCAGAGCCCUGGUGGAUUUAGGUUUACACCAGGAUCCCCCUUCGGAGGUUCUGCCGGCCGAUGAACAUUUGGAUAUGCGCCGGCGUGUGUUCCACUGCGUUUACUGUAUGGACAGGAGUGUGAGCACUGCUUUGGAGAGAACUUUCUCAUUGUCGGAUGACUCUAUGAAUGUCGCCCUGCCACCCACAUCUGGGUCUAUGAUGACAGGAAAGAGUCAUAUCUUCUUACACAGCUCGAGGCCUGCGUGGAAAAUAGUCGAAAUUAGGGAGAUCCUCUCCUCGGCUUACCAGACAAAGUAUUUUAAUAUGGAUGGCUUGCCUUUGGAGUCGACAUGGGUACUGUGCUCAAGAGCUCGGGAAUGGUUCGAUAAUGCCCCUAAAAAUGUGCCCAACUAUUUCCCAAUACUCUACAGAUCAGAGCUACUGUAUACUACUAUUAUAAUACUUUCACCCACGCAGGAUUACUCCAGACUAUGUGAUUACGGAAAAGUGUUACUUUUCGAUCGUUGCAUACAGUACGCCGCCGAACUUCAUCACAUUCUGGAGACACAAAACUGGUUGCCUUUAAUGACCUCUCUCGAUAUCCGACGAAUAUAUCAGGUUGGCCAGCGACUUGUGGAUAUACUACAGCAAAAUUUCGAACUCGUCCUGAGCCCGUCAGUGCCCGUGCUUCCCUCUGUAUUCCAUGACAUUACAAAACCGCCUAUGUUGGAGGCAUGUAAUACUGUCAACUGCCAUGGUCGUGCUAUUGAAUGCUUAGGUCACAUCCAGAAGCUACUACAAUUUGGCGCGGUGAAGUGGGAACUCACCAACCUUCUCGAAGGUUUUCAACAGGGCUCAGCACCCGUUUGGAAACAGCUGAUGGAUACACCCGUUGCCUAUCUCCCGGGACCUGGUGCCUACAUGGCUGGCCCAUGGCAUUAUAAUCCUAAUGCCCGGUGA